ACUAAUGUCGAUCCGACACACAAGACUUUUACAGAAAUUAUGCAGGACCACAGCGAUCUAGGUUGCAAACACAAUUGCCUGCAAAUGAGAUCAUCAAAUAUUGAUGUUGCGAAAGAGUAAAGAGGGCAAGGAGGCUUCAAGAGAUCGAUAGUUUAAUACGAGCGAAAGAUUCUCUUCAACAAAUCGUGAACCGCGGAUAAGUAUUCCUCGAAAUAUGCGUGUCGCAACAGUAUUAGUGACUAUUAUCUUCUUUUUGCAAUUUGUUCGCAUCAAUUCCGAAAGAAGUUUGGAACAAAUGUUUUGGUGCAAUCGCAAAACAGACGAUCUAAAAUUGGUGAUCGAACACAUUAUACAGGAAAUUGCCGCACGCAGCAACUGCAUAGUUUUCAUUACCGAUUUCACUUAUCGUGCAUUAAUCGAUUUGCGUGCCAUCGAAAAAUUUUCCUUUUUAUUGAGAUAUGAUAUUGCCGUACGUGAUAAUGAAGAUUUUGCACGUCCAAGGAGAAAAAUAAUGAGAACGCUUCAACAUGUUAGAGCAACUGGUUGCGAUGCGUAUGUUAUACUAAUCAGUAAUGGAUUGCUAACAUCACGAUUUCUACAAUAUGCCGAGGGAGAACGCCUGAUCAACACGCGUGGUUACUUCUUACUGCUGCACGAUAAUCGGCUGUUCAGACCCGAAUUGCAUUAUAUUUGGAACCGAAUUGUCAACGUGGUGUUCAUACGGCAAUAUAACACGUUCAAGUACCGCUCGGGUGAGCGAGUGCCUAUGGAACGAAUCGAUCUCUAUACAGUCUAUUAUCCGUCGCGUAUAAGAGAUUUCACAGAAAUCAAGUACAUUGAUACAUGGCAGAAUGGGAAGUUACGUUAUGACAACAAUCACUACUUACCAAAAACCGUGAAUCUUCACGGCAACGGUUUACGAAUUGCAAUUUUUGAGCAUAUACCGGCCGUGACGGAAGCAUCACGAGAUUAUUACGAACAAAGCGCGACAACUGUAAGUCCUAAGGCUUUAGGUAUCGAAUUUGAAUUAAUUCGAAUUAUAUCAAAAGCGAUGAACUUCAAACCGAACUACUAUAUGCCCAUUAAUAUCGCGAAUGAGAGAUGGGGUAAAGUGGGAGAUAACGAUAGCUACACUGGUCUCCUUGGCGAGGCAGUUGCAGAAAAUGCCGAUUUCUUUCUCGGCGAUCUGUAUUACACGUUGCAGCAUUUGAAUUAUUUCGACCUAUCCACACCGUACAACACGGAAUGUCUUACCUUCUUAACACCAGAAGCAUUAACCGAUAAUUCAUGGAAAUUAUUAAUACUACCUUUCAGGCUGAGCGUGUGGAUAGUGCUCCUUUGUACCCUAAUACUAGUCGGCGGAGCUUUUCACGUGUUUGCGUUGUUCUAUCAGAAAUACAUAGGUUUGCGUGCAUCUUUGGCGCACGUCGAAACGGACGAGUACAACAGUAUGAGAGGUCUAUAUCUGUUCACCGAUUUGCAGAAUAGCAUGUUAUACACAUACGGUAUGUUGCUUCAAGUCUCCCUGCCGCGUUUGCCAUACGCCUGGACCGUGAGAGUCUUCAUCGGCUGGUGGUGGAUCUACAGCAUCCUGGCGGCUGUCAUUUAUCGCGCCAGCAUGACGGCGGUUCUAUCAAAUCCCAUUGCCAAAGUAACUAUCGAUACAUUGGCGCAGCUGACGAAAUCAUCGCUGGCGGUGGGAGGAUGGGACGAGGAGAGCAAAGAGUUCUUCCUCGCCUCUUCAGAUCCACACAGUCAGGAGAUUGGCAAUAAGUUCGAGUUGACGGAAAAUGAGGAGGACGCGAUUGAUCGGGUGGCCAACGGGACGUUCUGUUACUACGAAAAUUCGUAUUCAUUACAGCACGCCAGCGGAAAACAGAUAUUCGAGAAGCAAAAUAAUCUGCAGAAUAUUACGAAGAGCACUGAAUCAUCGAUCAGAUAUAAUCUGCAUAUUAUGCAGGAAUGCGUUGUCCAUAUGCCGAUCGCGUUAGGAUUGGAAAAAAAUUCUCCGCUUAAGCCCCAUGUGAAUUUAUGGGUGAGACGGAUGGUGGAAAUUGGUUUGGUGCAGAAGUGGCUGAGCGAUGUCAUGGAAUGGUCGAAGAUUAAUGAAGCACGGCAAAAAUCACAAUCUGAAAGGGCGAUAGUAAAUCUACGCAAAAUAUAUGGCGCCUUUACUGCUCUCGGAAUCGGUUAUCUUUUCAGUUUCGUAGCUUUACUUGCUGAAAUUCUACACUGGAAAUACGUCGUCUUAAGAGAUCCCAGAUACGAUAAAUAUCAUCUCGAUGUAUUUUAUAGAAAGGAUAAUAAAUCUAAUAAAGCUUGAAGCAACAUUCUUGUAUUCCGCUAUAUAAUAUAAAUAAAAAAGAAUAUAAUGGA